AUGGAAAAGUGUUAUCCAACAGUGAGUAAGAAUUACCAAAAGGCAAUUGAGAAAUGCAAGAAGAAGCUCGGAGGAUUCAUCGCUGAGAAGCACUGUGCUCCGUUGAUGCUCCGAUUAGCAUGGCACUCGGCUGGGACUUACGAUUUAAAAAUCAAAACAGGGGGACCAUUUGGGACGAUGAAGCACCAAGCUGAGCUUGCUCACGAAGCCAACAACGGACUUGAUAUUGCUGUGAGGCUAUUGGAGCCCAUAAAGGAGCAAUUUUCAAUCCUAUCGUAUGCAGACUUCUACCAGGACAAAAGUGAACUACCUCCAGAAGGCCGCUUGCCUAAUGCCACUAAAGGUUCGGACCAUCUAAGGGACGUUUUUGGCCGCAUGGGCCUCAGUGAUAAAGAUAUUGUUGCUCUAUCUGGUGGCCACACUCUGGGACGGUGUCAUAAGGAGCGUUCUGGUUUUGAGGGACCUUGGACUACAAAUCCUCUCAGCUUUGAUAACUCCUUCUUCAAGGAACUCCUAAGUGGAGACAAGGAAGGUCUUAUCCAGCUUCCAUCAGACAAAGCUCUUCUCGAGGAUCCAGUAUUCCACCCUCUGGUUGAGAAAUAUGUUGCAGAUGAGGAUGCCUUUUUCGAAGACUAUGCCGAAGCUCAUUUGAAGCUCUUAGAGCUCGGGUGA